AUGAACCUCUGUCUGCGUUCCCUCUUGUUGGCCUGGGCGCUUGCCUCGGCUGCGACUGUGACCGGGCAGCUUCGCCGCGAGACAAACGUUGGUUUGUCCACCAAGCUCUUGACCGGGCUCCGUUCAAGUUCGCACACGGAAGCAAUUCUACCCAUCUUCAAAAGGCCCCACAAGAAGAGCACAAAGGAUCCGAAGGACCUCUUCUCUCCAAAGUUUGAUCCAGAGACUGACGAUUCUUAUUGGCCGGGCUCGUACCCCCUGCGAGGUAGUGGGGCUGACUUGAUGCUCAACAUUCGUGCGGACGACUUUUUCAUUGAGACUGAUAUCUGGUAUUGGGAGGUGUUCACCACCGACAGUUCCUCUUCGACUUCAAGGUCCGCAGCCCGACAAGUAAAACCGACCAAAGCAGGUGGGCUUGGAAAGUCCGGUGCACUGUGGAGCUACUCCAUCGACUUUUGGAAUGCGACGGGUUUGUAUCAGAUCGAGAUCACUGAUUCUGCAGGAGAUGGAAUCUGCUGUGGAUACGGCAACGGAUGGAUGACAGUCACAGAUGCCGACUACAACGUAUUGUGGAGCGCCACGGGUGAAUACACUUGGGUUGCAGCUGUUUACUUCUACCGCAAUGAGUUCGGGAAGUUCAGCUACGUUACAUCCACGAUCGAUGCUGGGAAGUCGGAUGAAGCAAACCCGCCCUCUGGACCGCCACCCACUUUCUCCCCCCCUCCCCCUGUGACGAAUCCUCCGCCUGUGACAAAUCCUCCUCCACCGGUGACAAAUCCUCCUCCACCGGUGACAAAUCCUCCACCACCCCCGACGAAUCCACCUACAACCGCUUCGCAGUGUGAACUCUGCCCGGGAUCCUUGAUUGAGGCUCCUUUCAAGUAUAUCGAGAUGCCCGACGGAGACUUGAUCCCCUGCUUUGGCAUCGAUGACCUGUACUCCAAUGCGCUCACGGCUCAAGAAUGCACGGACUUUGAGGAUGCAGGAACCACUCACUUUUACCGUGUCUACUGCGAAUGCCCAGGGUACUAUGCUGAUUGCACGCUUUGCGAUUCCGGGGAAGAAGUAUCGUCUCCUGAAACUCUCGUUGAAGUGGAUGCGAAUGAGUACGUUAGUUGCAAGGUCCUGGAACAGGAUUUUCUCUGGCUGAGCGAUGAUGAAUGCGACGACUUGGAUGAUGUUCGUGACGUGCUCGCAGAUAUCUGUGAGUGUGACUAG